AUGUCCACUGGAUUUCCUACUCUGACGCAUCUCACGGGUAUAUACAUAUCUUCAACUUCUGGACCGACUACGAUGACUACCACGACCAUGACCGGUGAUGGUAUCUGUAGACUCCACAAAAGCGAGAGCAGUGUCGGUCGAUACCGAAUACAAGCCUCCUUCCGACCCGAGUCCAAAAUCGUAGAGUCUGUGCGAUUACAACGACGUACUCGAAUAAAGGCCGCUUUUCAGCAUGCUUGGAUAGGAUACAAAAAGAAGGCAUGGUUACACGAUGAAGUUUUGCCAGUCUCUGGCGGGUACAAAGAUCCCUUUGUUGGCUGGGCAGCGACAUUAGUGGAUAGUUUAGACACAUUAUGGAUAAUGGGAUUAAAGGAUGAGUUUGACAGUGCUCUUAAAGCGUUAGAGCAGAUCGAUUUUUCAAAGCCGAAUGCACAGCGGGUCCCUGUUUUCGAAGUCACGAUCCGAUACUUGGGUGGACUACUCGGCGCAUGGGAUAUUAGCGGGCACAAGUACCCAAUACUCCUCCGGAAAGCGCAGCAGUUGGGGGAUUUCCUUUAUGGGGCGUUCAACACUGAAAAUGGGAUUCCCACUCCAUACUAUUGGUGGGAGAACGUCGGCACUGGAAAAAUAGAAAGCGAAAAUGGGGUGGUGGUCGCGCAGAUUGGAAGUUUAAGCCUGGAGUUUAUUCGGCUUAGCCAGGUUACUGGAGACGCGAAGUACGCAGAUGCGAUCCAGAAGAUCACAGACCAAUUAGCGCAAACGCAAAAUAGCAAUGCCUUGCCGGGUAUUUGGCCGUCGUAUGCAGACUGUAAGGGAGAGAGCUUGUCAUUCUCGAAUCGUGAUUUUACACUCGGUGCUUUUGCUGACUCUCUUUACGAAUACUUGCCGAAGACACAUCUUCUUCUACCUUCGUCUUCUUCUGUCGCGCAGCAGUACCUCGAAAUGUACCGCAUCGCUCUCCACUCUUUCAGCAGACAUCUUUUCUUCCGUCCUUCCCUUCCAGGAGAACCGGAUAUUCUGUACUCUGGUAAUGCCAAUGCUAAUACUGGCGUUGCAAAUCUCGACACACAAAUCCAACAUCUUAGUUGCUUCGUUGGUGGGAUGGUAGGAUUGGGAGCUAAGAUAAACAACUCUCCAACAGAACUAGAAACCGCUACAAAACUGACAAAUGGCUGUGUCUGGGCCUAUGAAAAUACACCGUCAGGAAUCAUGCCCGAAAUCUUCCACGUCGACCAAUGCGCUGACCUUAACCCUUGCACUUGGAAUGGUCAGGGUGACGGGUUUACGCGUGUCGAUGAUCCAUCUUAUCAACUCCGUCCGGAGGCUAUUGAAUCUGUAUUUAUAAUGUACCGUCUCACCGGUGAUCCGUCAUGGCAGGAAAAAGGAUGGAGAAUGUUUGAGUCUAUAGAGAGAUACUCAAGAACAGAUAUUGCACAUGCAAGGCUGGAAAAUGUGAUGGAUCCGAAUCCAGGCAAGGCAGAUUCAAUGGAGAGCUUUUGGCUGGCGGAGACGCUGAAGUAUUUCUACCUGCUAUUCAGUGAGCCCGAGUUGGUCAGUUUAGACCAUUACGUCUUGAAUACAGAAGCACAUCCGUUCAGGAGGGAAGGAUGA